AUGCGUGAAAUCAUCAGUAUCCACAUUGGUCAAGGUGGUGUUCAGACAGGCAACGCUUGCUGGGAACUCUAUUGCCUGGAGCAUGGAAUUCAGCCUGACGGUCAGAUGCCAAGCGAAAAGACUAUCGGAUGUGGCGAUGACUCAUUCUCAACAUUUUUCCUUGAAACUGGUGCCGGAAAACACGUUCCUAGAACCGUAAUGAUGGAUCUAGAACCCACUGUAAUAGACGAAGUACGAACCGGCACCUAUCGUCAGCUAUUUCAUCCGGAUCAGCUCAUUACAGGAAAGGAGGAUGCUGCUAAUAAUUAUGCUCGUGGUCACUACACUGUGGGAAAAGAGAUUGUUGAUUUGGUUCUAGACAGGUUGCGAAAAUUGGCCGAUCAGUGCACAGGAAUUCAGGGCUUUAUUAUUUUCCACUCCUAUGGUGGAGGCACAGGCUCCGGAUUCACAUCUCUA